AUAAAAACUAGUUCCCAUAGUAAUAUAAUUUUAACUACAAAUUGCUAUAAAAAGAGCAAACAAUAAGUAAAACACAACAUUCAUUUCAAAAGUGUUUUAUUGAUUAAACAAUAAAAGUUACUUCAAAUUCAAUAGUGUUUGAAAUUCAUAAUAAAUUUUACAUAAAAUCCAACAUUUAUUUGUUAAGAAAUGCCAAUUGAUCUAUACUUCGCUGAACUGAGUCCACCCGCGCGGGCGGUGUUGAUGACAUUAAAACACCUAAAACUCGACGUUAAUGUAAUUAAUAUGGAUCUCCAGAAACAGGAACAGUUGUCACCGGAGUUUCUGAAGUUGAAUCCACAGCACGCGGUGCCCACUAUUGUGGACGAGGGCUUCGCGUUGGGCGAAAGCCGAGCCAUUAUGCAGUACUUGGUCUCGAAAUAUGCGCCAAACAGUGCUCUCUAUCCGACCCAUGACCUCAAGAAGAGGGCGAAUGUGGACCGACUUCUCUACUAUGAUAUGAGCAUUUGGUACGCCAUUCGGGACGUUGUGAUGAUGAAAUUGUUUAGAGGCGAUGAUCCGCAUCCAAACGCAGUUAAAAAUUUUCACAACAAUUUCACAGUUUUGAACAAUUUUAUCGGCGAUAAUAAAUAUGUGGCCGGAAAUGAGUUGACAAUCGCCGACAUCUCGUAUUUGGCAACCCUUACGCCGCUUUCGAUCAAAGAUUACGAACAAUUGGAUGACUUCCCGAAUGUGAAGAACUGGUUCUUUAGAGUACAGAAAGAAUUGCCAUAUUUUGAAGAAGUGAACGGAAAAAUACCGCAGCUUUUCAAACAAUUGGCCGCCGCUAAGAACCUAAGCCCUCCGUGUCGGGCCGUCUUAAUGACUGCCAAACACCUCAACAUUGAUGUGAACAUCAAAAAUAUCGAUAUGGCUAAAGGCGAGCACAUGACUCCUGAAUAUCUAAAGCUAAACCCGACCCAUAAAGUGCCGACUAUAGUGGACGACGAACUCGUGCUGUUUGAGAGUCGAGCCAUUAUGCAAUAUCUGUGCAAUAAAUACGCGCCCAACGACUCCCUGUACCCGUCGGACCCGAAACAAAGGGCAUUAGUCGACCGAUGGCUUAACACGGAUUUGUCCUAUUUCUUGGCCGCCGCUGAUGUACUCGUAUGU